UUAUUGUUUUCAUGAUAUCAAUUUGAUCAAGUACUUUUUGGUUAUAUUUUUUAGUGAUAUUUUGCAUUUUCUAUUAAAGAAAUUAUAUAUUUAUAAAAAAAGAAAAAAAUUAUUGAAUUACUAUUAUAUGUAUAAUAAAUACAAUGUCAACUAAAGGACUAUCAUCUUAUUGCAAUUCAUAUGUAAUUACAGUAAAUAACAGUGACAAAGGGAGACUAAUAGGAAAGGAUUGUUUAGAUUAUUCAGAUGAUAAUUGUCUUAUUAAAAUAAGAGUGGAAGGUCUUAUCACCACAAUUGCUUUUCAUAAAGCAAGAUUAUAUGCACAAAAGCUUUAUCAAUAUUUGCCACAGAAAUAUGCUGUACCACAAAUUAGAGAAAUGUUUCAAGUAGACUGGUACGAAUAUCAUCAAAAAAUGAAAGUGCGUGUUGGUGGUAAGAUGUGGGCCUUAAAAAGACACGUUGCAGUCUUUAUAAAUGAUGCGUUUAUAGGCAGUGAUAUUGAAUUUUUAAAUUAUCUCAACGAAUUGUAUGUUUUUCAUAUGCCAAAAAAUAUUGGAUAUUAUGAAACACAUAUUGGAGAAUACUAUAAAAAAUUUAUUAAAAAAACAAAGAGAAUUUACGUAUAUUUCACAUUCACUUUGGAUGGAUUCUUAAUAGGUUCCCUUUUAUUCAUGUUAUAUUCUGACUUGCUCCCAAAAACUUGUAAACAUUUUUUAAAUUUUUGUACUGGAAAAUAUGAAAGUAUAAAAGGCUUCAAAGUAUCGCAUUAUAUAAACACUUACGUUCAUCGUAUAGUCAAAAAUGGAUGGAUUCAAUUUGGUGAUAUUAAAUUGAACAGUACUAAUUUUAACAAGGCUAUAAUGCCUACGAUUGCCGAUGAAUCAUAUUGCAUACCUCACAAUCGACGAGGAAUCUUAUCAAUGGCAAAUAAUGGAAAGCACUCUAAUAAAUCUCAAAUCAUUGUGUCUUUAAAACCUAAUACAUGGAUGAAUCAUUAUUAUGUUGCCUUUGGACAACUAGUAGACGGUAUCCAGACAUUACAAAAAAUAGAAGAUAUUCCGACGUAUUAUGAAUCUCCUCUAAAAAAAGUUAUUGUAUCUCAAUGCGGUGAAUAUACUUUAGAUCAUAAACCCAAAAUGGAAGCAGAAACAGAUAUAUUUCUUGAACGCCAACCAUGGAUAGAUGUGGGUGAAAAUAAUAUGGUCCAUCAAUAUCCAUACAAUACUUAUUCAGAUAUUUCUGUAUGGCUUAAUAAUAUAACUGAUGAAAUAGACAUUCGCGAUACACCAUCUCUUCUAAUAGCUGAACGAUAUUUAAGCAGUCUAUAUUGUCUUUCCAUGGUUUACUUAUCAGGUUUACCUUUUAAACAAAUAAUUUAAUUUUUGUAAUAGAAACUUAUCUCUAAUAUAUAUUUUAACGACGUUCAUAUUCUUGUCUAUCUUAAUUAUAAGUCGAAACUAUGUGAAUUAUUAACAGGCUUUCGGCCAGAAACGAUGAGUAAAAUAGAAAAAGAAAUUUUCAUAAAAGAACUUUGUAAAAUCAUUAUUUCAUAUGUUUUAAAUUCUGUCCAUAAUAAGUCCUGUGUAUUAAAGGAUACUUAUGGAACUCUACAUAGAAUAUUAGAAUAUGCUUAUGACAUUGCAAGAGCAACUAUUGCCAAAUUAAUAAAGCAAGACAUCAAUAUUAUGGACACCAGAGCAGAAAUCAAUAAACUAUUUAAGAUACAGCACCAAGAUGAUAAAAAAAUUACAGAUUCCUCCUUGUCUCUUAUUGAAAAAAUAUUGAACAAAUCUAUACUUCAUUCUUUACAGUCUGCAAACAUUGUAGAUUGUGAUUGUAUUUAACAAACAAUGCAACAUCUACUGAAAAACAUUCCCUUUAUUUUAUACUUAAUUAAAAUCACAGAUUUUUAAAAAUUUAGACUUAUAUUUGAUGAUAUAAUUGAAAAAAUGUAAAAAACACAUGAUCAAUUAACAUUCCAAAUUAUAUACAAUAAUGACAAUAAGAAAAAUAGAAUUUAGCGUGUUAUUGCUUUAUCUUGGAGAAAAGUUUUUUACCGCGUCCCUUUGGAACUUUUUUACUGCCUAUACUUUUUAUAGCCGUUUCUUCAUCUGGAUCGCAUUUAUUAUGAAUCGAGUUGUAUAAUAUUUGUGCAUCACUUUUGUUUCCAACUAUUUCAAAUAAUUCAUCCUGUAUAUAUUAUAUCAAAUAUUACUUUUAUAAUAAAUAUUAUUAUAUUUAUUAUCGAUCUUAACGAUACGAAAUAAUAAUAAUAAUAAAGGCCCUAAAAUUCUAAAGAUACACGAGUUCACAUUACCUUCGUAAAUUUAAUAAGAUGAUCAAGCGAUUUUCCUUGAUUUAAAAUUGCGCAUAAAUUCUUAGAAUGUACACCAGGUAAUUUGGCAAUGAAAUCUUGUAUGUGAGGAUUAUACUUUUGAAUCAUCACUUGUUUAUCUUCUGCAUUUUCAUUUACUCCAAUCGUGACAGCCUUUUCAGCACUUGGCUGAUCUCUACCGCUCUAUAUCAAACAAAUUCAUUACUGAACAUUGAUUUUAUUUUACGUCAUUGAUAUGUUACCUUCAAUUCCUCAAACAAUUGUGCAGAUGCAUGCGGACUUGGUGACCAUACGAAUUUUAAUUUAGGAAAAUGUAAAGUUAGCAAUUGCAAUUUUGAUGUGAUUGCAAAACUUUUAACAUCUUUGCCCAUGUAAUAGCAACCCUUAAAGGAAGAAAAUCUUUUAUAUAUUUUUUGAUAUAAAAUGAUAUAAUUCGUGUAUAAAAUAUUUAAAGUAAAAUUGAUCAAUAUAAUAAUGAAUAAUGAUUAUAUAUACCUGGAAACAGAAUGGUUUGUUCUGAUCAAAUUCGAUAAGAAGCAUUGGUUUAGAAUAAUGUCGAGUCAUAGCAACAGCUUGAUUGUAUAAUCUUCCAGAAUUAAGAGAACCAAUUAAAUCAGAUACACUUUUUCUUUCAAUGCAAAUUUCUGGAGAUAGAAUAUAAUCUCCAAUCUAACAUACAAAAAUAUGUGUGCGCAUAAAACAAUUGGAAAGUUUUAAAGCACACGUUAUAUUAUUAUAACUUACAGCUAGAGUUACUGGUUCAAUCUGUAUACCACGAGAAUGUAAAAUAGAUGGCAGUUCACUAUUAAACUCUCUCAUGUCAACUAUGAUUUUAUUAAUAAUAUUUUUCUGAUUUUCUUGAUCUCCCUUGCGCGUAUUUUGUUCCGUUUCAUUGCCUGACUGUGCUGCAAAUGUCAAGCAAUCUUCUGAUUUUCCAUCUUGAUCUUCAGGUACAACCAUUGUCUAAAAAAAAAAAAAAUAUAUAUAUAUA